AUGCCGAUAACACUGAUAUUAUUACACAGAGAAAUUACAAUAACGUGGUAUAUCACUGAACACAUUGACAAGGACCUUGAUAUAGCUAUAGUUGACUACGACGUGUUACCUGAUGUCUCAUCUCCCUCGUGUGUAAAUUAUACCCUUAGGGAGCUUCACUCUUAUGUUAGCCAUGCUGAAGCAACCUUUAAUGUGAGUCAUGCUGAGGCAACCAUUCGUGUUAGCCAUGCUGAAGCAACCAUUCAUGCUAGUCAUGCUGAAGCAACCAUUCAUGUUAGUCAUGCUGAAGCAACCAUUCAUGCUAGUCAUGCUGAAGCAACCUUUAUUGUUAGCCAUGCUGAAGCAACCAUUCAUGUUAGCUAUGCUGAAGCAACCAUUCGUGUUAGCCAUGCUGAAGCAACCUUUCAUGUUAGCCAUGCUGAAGCAACCAUUCAUGCUAGUCAUGCUGAAGCAACCAUUCAUGUUAGUCAUGCUGAAGCAACUUUUCAUGUUAGCCAUGCUAAAGCAACCAUUCAUGUUAGCCAUGCUGAAGCAACCUUUAAUGUUAGCCAUGCUGAAGCAACCUUUCAUGUUAGUCAUGCUGAAGCAACUUUUCAUGUUAGCCAUGCUGAAGCAACCUUUAAUGUUAGCCAUGCUGAAGCAACCUUUCAUGUUAGCCAUGCUGAAGCAACCAUUCAUGUUAGCCAUGCUGAAGCAACCUUUAUUGUUAGCCAUGCUAAAGCAACCAUUCAUGUUAGCCAUGCUGAAGCAACCAUUCAUGUUAGCCAUGCUGAAGCAACCUUUAUUGUUAGCCAUGCUGAAGCAACCAUUCAUGUUAGCUAUGCUGAAGCAACCAUUCAUGUUAGCCAUGCUGAAGCAACCAUUCAUGUUAGCUAUGCUGAAGCAACCAUUCAUGUGAACCAUGCUGAAGCCAUUUAUAAUAUGCAUUUCAUCUCAUCUUAA